UUCCAUCGAUCCAGUCGGUGAGACAGCUGUUGCCCUUGAUCGGUAGCCGUGGAAACGGCUCCAAAUCGUCGCAGAUGUUGACAGCGCUGCUCUCGCCACCAGCGGCGGAGGGGGAGGAUGGCGAGAGGAAUCCCCACUGAAGGCUGAAGCGAUCUUCGUGCACCUUCCUUCCUCUUCGCGAUGGCGAAAACGACUGCCGGAUGGAUCCCUCACAGCAAGCGCGUCCUCCUCCUCUUUCUCCUCGUCGUCUCCGUUUCCACCGCCCUCGUUUUCCUCCUCCGCACUAACUCAGAUCCAUGUGAUUCCCUCCGGAAUGGACAGCCGGUGACUGUGGACCGGACACAGAUCCUGCGACAGUCAGAUGCCCGCGUCGGCGCCCGGAAGAACCCUCUCGGUUUCAUGAAGAGCAAACUCGUCCUUCUCGUCUCCCAUGAACUCUCUCUUUCGGGAGGACCGUUGCUGCUAAUGGAGUUGGCAUUUCUCUUGAGAAAUGUUGGUUCCCGUGUGGUAUGGAUUACUUACCCAAAAUAUGAAGAAAAGAAUGAAGUGACAUAUAGUCUGGAGCAUAAGAUGCUAACUCGGGGAGUACAGGUAUUUUCUGCAAGAGGACAAGAGGCCAUUGACACUGCGAUUAAAGCUGAUUUGGUUAUUUUGAACACUGCCGUUGCUGGAAAGUGGCUUGAUGGCAUUCUCAAGGAACAAAUUCCACAAGUUGUUCCAAAAAUCUUGUGGUGGAUACAUGAAAUGAGAGGACAUUAUUUCAAAUUAGAAUAUGUGAAGCAUCUUCCUUUUGUUGCCGGUGCUAUGAUCGACUCUCAAACAACAACUGAAUAUUGGAAAACUCGGACUCAUGACCGUUUAAAGAUUAAUAUGCCAGAGACCUAUGUUGUUCACCUAGGAAAUAGUAAAGAUUUGAUGGAGAUUGCUGAAGACAAUGUUGCAAAAAGAGUUCUUAGGGAGCAUAUACGUGAAUCUCUUGGAGUUCGGAGUGAAGAUCUUAUAUUUGCCAUAAUUAACAGCGUUUCCCGUGGGAAAGGACAAGAUCUAUUUCUUCGCUCAUUUUAUGAAAGCCUCCUAAUCAUCCGGGAGAAGAAGCUCCGAGUGCCAUCGAUGCAUGCAGUUAUAGUUGGAAGUGAUAUGAAUGUUCAGACAAAAUUUGAAACAGAACUCCGUGAGUUUGUUCAGAGUAAAGAUAUCGAGGGCCGUGUUCAUUUUGUUAACAAAACACUAACAGUUGCACCAUACUUGGCUGCAAUUGACGUGCUGGUUCAGAACUCUCAGGCCCGUGGAGAGUGCUUUGGGAGGAUAACCAUAGAAGCUAUGGCAUUUAAAUUGCCAGUAUUGGGUACGGCUGCAGGUGGAACCACAGAAAUUGUUGUGAAUGGAUCUACAGGUUUAUUACAUCCUGUCGGAAAGGAGGGCGUAAUCCCACUCGCUACGAACAUGGUAAAACUCGCCACGCAUGUUGAGCGAAGAUUGACAAUGGGAAGAAAAGGUUAUGAGAGGGUGCGCGAGAGAUUUAUGGAGCAUCACAUGGCAGAGAGGAUUGCGUCGGUUUUGAUUCAAGUGAUAAAAAAAUCAAAGGGUCGCUCUCGGACUUGAGAUGUCUUUGAGGUCAAAUGAAGCAACAAGAUUGUGAGAUGCCAUCCUCCCCCACUAUUUUCAAAAUGUAACCUUGUGCAUAUGCUUGACACCUCAGGGAAAUAAGAAGUUUUAACACACAAUGAUGAUGGUUCAUUCA